AUGAUACCAUUUGUGAGUGAUGAUAAUAAAUUGAGAUGGAAGUUUGAGAAUUUGCGAAAUUUGAAUGAGAUUGCUGAAUAUAGUGAAAAAUUGGAGACUGGACCAAUUUCAUGGUUGGUUUGUUGGUUUUUUGAAUUUGAAUUCAAUAGAAAUCGUAUAUUUCAGGCAAAUCAACAUUGCGAAGAAAAUGACAGAUGGCAUAAAUUAUCUUGUAAUAUACUUGAAAUAUUCAGGAGAAAAUGAAUUGCAACAAAAUUGGUUUUGUCGAGCAAAAAGAACAUUUGAAUUGAUAAAUCAAACUGGACAGAACUGUACAUCUGAAGAAACCUCCAAAAUCUAUGAUCAUUUUAACAUUAGUUGGGGAUGGUCUAAAUUUUACAAAUGGGAUAAUUUGAUGCGAUUUGGAUUUAUGAAAAAUGAUUCGAUUAUUAUUGAAGUUGAUUUGAGUUUCAAAUAUUACGAUUUCUCGAAAAUUCCAAAUUUGACUGAUAUUAUUCUCAAAAUCAAAGAUACUGAAUUUCACACAAGCAAAGCGGUUGGUUUUUAAAAACUAAAUUAAAUUUUUUUUUCAAUUCAUGGAAGAUUUUUCAGAUUCUCUGCACACAAUCCGAAUAUUUUUAUGAUUUAUUCGUGAAUAAAAACAAUACAAAAACUGUGAUUGAAAUCGAAGAUGUUGAAAUCGCUGAUUUUCGACAAUUUCUAGCCUCAUUUUAUCCGCAUUUUGAUGAAAUUGAUGAAAAAAAUCAUGAAAUUCUAUGGAAAUUGACGGAAAAAUUCAAAGUUUUAGCAUUGCAACGGAACUGUGAACGAUUUUGGUUGAAAAAUACUGAGAUUAAAUUGCAAAAUGCUGAAAAACAAGAUGAUUCUAAUUUAUUGGUAAGAUUUAUCAAAAUUUCUCUGAAAAUUGGAUAUUUUCAGAAAGAAUUCAUUGAAUCAUUGGAUAGUGUUCAGAAAAUCAGACUUUUUCAAACUUCAGAUGUUUAUCGUGAUUCAAAAGAUUCGACAAAACAUGCAAUUAUUGAUCGAGUUUUGGAAUUAAUUGAUUAA